AUGAUCAUUGCUGGCGACUGGGACCAUCUGAAAAGGGACUAUUACGGGGGCGUCCUCUCCGAGCAGUAUUUCAGGGUAGAGAGCUGGGCCCUGCACCCCGACUACCCCAACGUUACCAGUCUUAACGACAUCAAUGUGCUCUUCCUUCAAAAAGGCGAAACUGGAUUCCAUGCCAAUGGAUUUGUGAUCGUCAAGCUGAACCAGCCAAUCAAGUACACGUCUUGCGUGAGGCCUGCCUGCCUUACCAAUCAGAUUAACGAUAUGUCCAGGUCUCCGUGUGGGAUCUCAGACUGCAUGAUGACUGGCUGGGGUAACUCAGAAAAUGGAGAUCUGAAAGAUUUCCUCCAGCAGGCCAGGCUGAACAUGCCCAACGUGGAGACCUGCGAGGCUAUAGAAUAUUACGGAGCGAAACUCGAGUCACUUCCGGCCAAGACGACAUGCGCAGUCAGCCCAGCCCGUCCUCGAGCAUUCCACUGUGUGGGCGACCAGGGCGGUCCAGUUGUGUGUAAGGGGUCGGACGGGCGCUGGACUCUGAGGGGCUCCGUGCUGGCUAGACUGCUGUGCGACUCGGGAAAACCGGUUCCGGUCGCUGACGUCACACAGGUCAUGGACUGGGUCAAUGAGACCAUCCGAAACCUGUAA